GUGCUGCGGGAAUUGCGUCAGUACUCUACUGAGGCAGACAUCUCGUUUGUGCGCAAAUCUGUUCAGUCCAUUGGGCAGUGUGCGAUUAAAAUUGAGAUUGCUGCUGAUCAGUGCAUUGAGACGCUGAUGCAGUUGGUGGCCACGAAAGUGAACUACGUCGUCCAGGAAGCCAUCACAGUCAUCAGAG